AUGGCCGAGGUUCAGGUCAGUGGGCAGCCCGGCCACUGCACACUGACAGCACAGGCUGGGAUUGACUCCCUGCAGGCUGCCCUGGACGCGGCCUCAGCCAAUGCCACGCCCGAGUUUGAAGGCCGGGGAGGUGAUGACCUUGGCACGGAGAUCGCAAACACGCUGCACCGGAUCUUCAACAACGAGAGCAGCGUCGACCUGCGGUCCCUCUGCGUCAGCCCGCGGGAGCACUGCUGGGUCCUCUACGUGGACGUGCUGCUGCUGGAAUGCGGUGGGAACCUGUUUGAUGCCAUCUCCAUCGCUGUCAAGGCCGCCCUCUUCAAUACCCGGAUACCAAAGGUUCGUGUCUUGGAGGAUGAAGAGGGGUCCAAGGACAUUGAGCUGUUCGACGACCCGUAUGACUGCCUCCGGCUGAGUGUGGAGAACGUCCCCUGCAUCGUCACCCUGUGCAAGAUCGGCUGUCGGCACGUGGUGGAUGCCACACUGCAGGAGGAGGCCUGCUCCCUGGCCAGUUUGCUGGUGUCGGUGACCAGCAAGGGGGUCGUGACGUGCAUGAGGAAAGUAGGGAAGGGCAGCCUGGACCCCGAGAGCAUCUUUGAGAUGAUGGAGACCAGCAAGCGCGUGGGCAAGGGUCUGCACUCCGCCCUGCAUGCCGUGCUGCACCAGGAGGAGGGCCUGGGCCCGCAGCGCCAGAAGGUGGGCUUCCUGGGCUGACUGCAGCGCCUGCGCAGCGAGGAGCGAGCCUCGCUUCUGUCUGCCCUCACGGUUGUACGUGGGAGAUUAAAGUCUAUUUUCUGGC